AUGCAGCAAUACUCUCUCUCUAUUUGUAGACUUUCACUUUUUCUUCACAUGAGAAAGAGGGUAUCAAGACCCAUCGAUAUUUUCCUGUCACAUGACUGGCCUCGUGGUAUUUAUAACUAUGGUAACGUCAAAGAAUUAUUACGCAAAAAAUCAUUUUUCGCUGAGGAAAUAGAACAGAAUAAGCUAGGAAGUGAACCUAAUGAAGAAUUGUUACAUGUUUUAAAACCAGAUUAUUGGUUUGCUGCUCAUCUACAUGUUAAAUUUCCAGCUAUUGUACAACAUCAGACUAAUAAUGGUGAAGAAGAAAAAUUAACCAAGUUUUUAUCAUUAGAUAAGUGUCUUCCUCGACGCAAUUUCUUACAGGUUAUAGAUAUUCCCCAUGACAACAACAUUCCUCUCAAAUUACAACUAGAUCCAGAAUGGCUGUCAAUUAUUAAACAGACCAAUCAUCUAUUGAAUCUUGGCCCCGCCUCCUGUUUUAUGCCAGGCAUUGGCAGCAAUGAAAGGUAUGGUUUAAAUCAUGAUGUAUUAAUUGUUCAAGUUUAG